AUGGUAUCACUGAAAGUCAGACAUCUUUGCUUGCGUAUUUUUGUUACAAUAAUUGCGCUAAUGGGAAUAAUUUAUUACUUUCAAUAUAUUAAGAAUAUCAUACAAAACUUCAAAUAUACUGCUGCAAGUGAUAAUUAUUCUGAUAUCAUUGAUGGCAAUUUACAUUUGGAAAAGCAAGAAUUACAGUAUUUGAAACAAUUUAAUCAUCUAUUUUGGUUUUGUGAUGUAAUCCCCAAUAAAUAUGUCUUCGGUACAUAUGAUGAUUCAGAAAAUACGGUAGCAAUUGGUAAUAUUAUUAUCUAUAGAAUGAUAAAUUCAUCAAACGAAGAUUAUAUAAAAUUUGUGCGAAAUGAAGAUCUGCGAGCUGCUUAUGGCCUAUAUGCAAUUAAGAAACAUAUAUUUGAAAGGGAAACAUGGAUGCCGGUAAACAAAGAAGAAUUCCUUCGGAAAUGGAGCAAUGGAAGAUUUCUUGAUUGCAUGAGGUUGAAUAUUUCGAGUAACUGGGAUAAAUCCGUUAUUCCUGAUAGUUAUGUCAACAAUGUGGCUAAAUUUCGAGACUUUCUCGAGUCCUAUGCAGCGACACCGUUUCUUUUCGGCGGCACCCUUCUUGGUUGGUACAGGGAAUGCUCAUUUAUCAAAGAUACUACGGAUGUUGAUUUGGCGAUGAAAAUUGCUUCCCUAGAUCUAAAGAUGUUAAAAAAUAUGGAGAAGUCGAAUGAUUUCAAACUUUUUUGGAUCCUCGGAAAAGUUAACGAUUCAUUAGAAGUAAGCGUUUAUUCGGCAAACAUCAAAAUAGAUUUAUUCUUCCUGUACGAAACGAAUGAUUCUGCUUGGGUGGGUGGAAUGAUCGUCAGCAAAAAGAAAAAAUUUCGUUGGAUUUAUCCACUCAUUUCACAGAUUUGUACAGGAGAUCUACUGGGAAGAUUGUUUCAUGUGCCUUGCAAUAUUGAGGAAGUAUUGAAGGCGGACUAUGGUAACUGGAAAAUACCGCAUUCAACAGCAAAUUUCACUUGGUACAAAUCUCAUAAAAAUGUUCAUGAAGCUGGGUAUUGGAGCGAGAGUGAAUGGAAUGAUACUUACAAGGUAUUCUGA